CGCGGCGCGUGGAGUUGCGUCGCUGCCGGGCCCGGCGGCCAUGCCCAAGCGGGGCUGCCCCUUCGGGGACGCGGCCCCGCUGCAGCUCAAGGUGCGCGUGGGCCCGAAGGAGCUGAGCCGCGGCGUGUGCGCCGAGCGCUACUCUCGGGAGAUCUUCGAGAAGACCAGGCAGCUCCUGUUCCGCGGGGCCCAGGCCUGCAUGAACCCCAUGUGGGAUGAAGGCGUCCCCGAGAGCUGCACCAUCGUCCAGCUGCCGGAGUCCCCGCAGCCCGGCCCCACGGGGGCCCCGGGAGUCGCCAGGGGGCAGCUGCUGAUUGGCCCCGGCGGCCGCCUGGUGCGGAGCCGCGCCCAGGCCUGUGAAGCCGACCUGCUGCUGGCGGCUUCCAGAGCCUGUUCGUCAUGCGUCCGCAGCGUGGACAGGAAGGCGGCCUGCGGCCAGUGCGAGCGGCCCCUGUGCAGCCACUGCCUGCGCACCUGCUGGGGCUGCGGCGCCGGGGCCUGCUCUUCCUGUGCCGUUGUCGACUACAGCGACAUCCAUGAGAAGGUGCUGUGCCCCGGCUGCGCCCUGUUUGAAGCCUGAGGGUGCUCCCGUCAGCCCGUCUCCCGAGGCCCGCACCCCUGGGAUGGAACCUCCUCAGGUGACCAGCCCCGGGUGUCGGGAACAGAACUGUGGGCGAGCAGGCGGGGCGGGAUGCCUUUGAUGUUUUAUAUUUUGUACUGUGGCAGAAGUGAAUAAACCCCUUUAUAUUUGGACCUGA